AUGGAUCAGGUCAGCGAACGCGCAUCCUCCGUCGCCCAGGCGUCUGCGUCCGCGUCCGACAAGCCAAUGGCACUUUCCACUACCACCAGUUCCCUAUCGCAACUCCAUUCAUCUCCUCCACCAACAAGUCGAAAGCGCAACGACAGCGACCACGACGACGUCAACGACUCCCCCGACCGCCCCAACAAGCGCAAACGCGGCAGCCAGAAGCGAGCCUGGGAACGAACAAAGUUCCAGCACGGCAGCCGAAAUAAGAAGAAGGAUCUGGGCCGUGGAGAAUACUUUGCGCAACAGCUAGAUCGACGGGGCCGCAAUGAGGCCGAGCAGAACAAGCGGCGGAAGACUGAGGGAGAGGGCGAGGGCGAGGAUGGAGCGGCAGGGGAAGGCAAAGCGUCAGUCUUGCCAGCGGCUUUCUCCAAGGAGGAGAUUGCCGCAGAGGAUCGGAGGCCGAAGAGGAAGGUUGCGGUCAUGAUUGGGUAUUCCGGGAGCGGGUAUAAGGGGAUGCAGAUCAACACGACCGAAAAGACCAUCGAAGGCGACCUCUUCACCGCCUUCGUCGCCGCAGGCGCCAUCUCCAAAGCCAACGCCGACGACCCCAAGAAGAGCGCCCUCGUCCGCUGCGCCCGCACCGACAAAGGCGUCCACGCCGCCGGCAACGUCAUCUCGCUCAAGCUGAUUGUCGAGGACGAGGACGUCGUCCAGAAGAUCAACAGCCACCUGUCGCCGCAGAUCAGGGUCUGGGGCAUCGAGCGGACGAUUGGGAGCUUCAGCUGCUACCAGGCGUGCGAUAGCAGGUGGUACGAGUAUCUGAUUCCGACGCACUGCUUCUUGCCGCCGCAUCCAAGCAGCUUUCUCGGGAAGAAGCUGGUGCAGGUUGCCGAGGAGUGCGGGGAUUUGGAGGGGUAUCAGGCACGGCAGGAGGAGGUCAAGGACUUUUGGGCGGAGACGGAGGAGAGGUAUAUCGCGCCGAUUCUGGAAGAGCUGGAUGCGGAGAUCAAGGAACUGGUUCUGAAGGCCUUAUACGAUAGUGACGCGGAUCCUGAGGGCUUCGAGGACGGCGGGACAGGGGCGGUUGCUGAGGCAGCUGCGGACAUCGGGCAGCCAGUCAAGGUGGUCGACCCGGACAACAUGGAAAGCAAAGAGAGUGCAGACCCAGAGAAGACCGAAGAAGCCGCCAUCAUCAUCCAAGCACCCUCUCAGCCGGCCAAACCCCGCUUCGAAGACGAGAUCCAACCUGCAGACGACUCCGUCCCAUCCCUCUCCUCAUCAGUAGCGACCCUAUCCUCAACAACAACCACCACCGCCGACGCGCCCACCACCACUGGCUCCGGCACAGCCCCCUCCCCCUCCCAGAGAAAGGCCCUCGAUGCCGCAGUCAAGCGCCUCAAAACCGCCUACCUCGCCGCGAAACGCUCGUACCGCAUUCCCGCGGCUCGGCUCGACCGCAUCAGGGCAGCCCUCAAGGCGUACGAAGGAACCCACUCCUACCACAACUACACGAUCCAAAAGUCCUUUCGCGACCCUUCCGCCAAACGGCUCAUCAAAUCCUUCCGUGUGUCUGACACCCCCAUCAUUAUCGGCGACACCGAGUGGCUGUCCCUCAAGGUGCACGGCCAGAGCUUCAUGAUGCACCAGAUUCGGAAGAUGGUCGGGAUGGCGGCGCUGGUGGUGCGGUGCGGGACGGCGAUCGAGCGGAUUGGGGAGACGUUUGGAAGCGAGACGGUGAGUGUGCCGAAAGUGCCCGGGUUGGGCUUGUUGCUGGAACGGCCGGUGUUUGAGAGCUACAACGCGCGGGCGGCGGAGAAGUUUGGGAAAGCCAAGAUCACUUUUGAACCCUAUGAGAAGGAGAUGGAGGAGUUUAAGCAGCGGGAGAUUUAUGAGAGGAUUUUUGGCGAGGAGGAGAGGGAUAACACCUUCCACGCCUUCUUCGCACACAUCGACAGCUAUAGGGAGCCCUACUUCCUGUGGGUCACCUCGGGCGGCAUCCCGGAGGCCAGGAAACCGCUCUCGAACGCGAAAAAGGGGAGGGAUGCUGCCAAGCAUCCCGACAAUUUUGAGGCGGACUCGGAGGACGAGGCUGACAGGGCUGCUGCCGGCGAGGGAGAGGGCUGA